AUGGCAGACUAUGAUAGGGGACCAAGAGAUGGGGGACGAGGGCGAGGAAAUUACAACAAUAACAAUAGAAAGAGAAGAUACAGAGAUGAUGACGAUUUUGACCGUCGUCCGCAGCGUCGACGUUACGAAGAACCACUCUCUGUCAAGGUCCGCAGACAAUUACUCUCAAUCGCCGAAUCCGCUUUGAAACGUGUCGAAGAUGAAAUCGUGUCGAUCGCAAAGACCGUCUGUGAUAAUUAUGAGGACGAAGAAUUACGGAACUCUUUCUACGAUCUGGUUAUUCAAUUGGUUGUGGAACAGCCCUUCAAAACCCCUUUUGUCGCGGCUGUGGUGUUGGUCGUCAAUACUAUGAGAGCCGAGAUGGUCGCAGAGAUACUCAAGAGGGCGACGGAAAGGGUCAACACCUGUGUUCAAAUGGGCGAGUGGAGGGAGACAAAAUUACUUAUGAAGUUUCUUGGGGGGUUGCAGGGUGCGUUGGAGGGAGAUGGGGUUUGGCUUGUGUUGCAGGACCUUUUGAGUAAAGCAAUAGACCUGCAGACCGAGAACAACGAAGAGACCAUUGGACCGGAGUUGGUCAAGAUUAUCCUCUUUACGAUACCAUACAUUAUGGCUUCUUCGGCUACCGACAUGCAAGAAAAGGCGGCGGGAAUGGUUGAAAACGCAGAUAUUAUUGCGAGUGAACCACAUGUGCUGCAAGCGCUUGUUGAUCCUUAUCCUGGCAACGGAAAUGAAGAGGCUACGGCGCCGAAUGGUGUACUCAGUUUGCUACAGAAGCAGCUACAGGGCGAGGCUGCGAAUGGAUGGGAACUGAGCUGUCUUCCACGACCUUGGAAAGUUUUGCUCGAAACUGAGCAAGAGAAUCCUCUAGCUUCUACAACAAAGCAUCCACUUCCAGCGAUUGUAAUUCCAGAGGCGGUCACUGCUGGUCCCAGACCACUAUUCCCAGAACUCUACUUCUCAGUUUACGCUCACCAGGAUGUCGAGACAGUACCGCCUAUGACCGAUAUUGCGUCUUGUUUACUGCGAGAUGCUUUAGUUGAUACUAUUAACAUUCUCGACUUUAACCGAAAUGCUACUGCCCGCUUCCUGAUCGAUAUCGACUGCUAUUUUUCUCCAGACACAUUUGUUAAGCGAGCUACUCCUUUCGAUAGACUACGAGAUGUCGAAGGAGACAAGUCAACUUGGAAACCCGAAGAUGUAGCAGUCGAUGCUGUUUUCUCCCAACUUUUCCAACUACCCAGUCCGGAACACAAGCUGGUGUACUAUCAUUCGAUCUUGACCGAGUCUUGCAAACUUGCCCCUGCCGCUAUUGCUCCCAGUCUUGGUCGUGCCAUUCGAUUUCUCUACCGGAAUGUUGACUCCAUGGAUCUAGAACUUAGCUAUAGGUUCAUGGACUGGUUCGCUCAUCACUUGAGUAAUUUUGGAUUUACCUGGAAAUGGACUGAGUGGAUCGAUGAUGUUGAGCUUCCAGGCACAGAUCCUAAGAAAGCGUUCAUCGAGGGUGCUUUGGAUAAGGAAAUUCGAUUGAGUUUCGCUCAAAGAAUCAAGGGUACUCUCCCUGCGCCAUAUCAACAGUUGAUCACUGAAGGAAAGGAGAAGGAUACGCCCGACUUCAAGUACAACGAUGAUGCUGUUCCUUUCGCACAAGAGGGACGUGCUAUUCUGGCGCUUCUCAAGAGGAAAGCGCCGGAGGAUGAAAUUCAACCAGUUAUUGAUCAAAUUCGCCAACUAGCUCUCGACAUGAAUCUUCCUGAUCCGCUCGUGCCGUCGACCGAUGCUUACAUGACCUCGAUUUGCUAUAUAGGAUCGAAAUCCCUGUCUCAUGUCCUCUCUUCUAUCGAACGAUGCCGCGAACGCCUGCUCGCUAUCGGUCCACGCUCGUCAGACGCUAGAAAGCAGAUCAUCGACUCUGUAAUGGAUUACUGGAAGGACCAGCCUGGAAUUGGUGUCAACAUCGUCGAUAAACUACUAAACUACACGAUUCUUUCUCCAGGUUCCGUCAUCGAAUGGGCGGUUUCUCAACACGGAAACCGACUAUCUAUGUCCUAUGUGUACGAAAUGGUCUCUCUUACCAUCGGAAAAGUAACCGGUCGCACCCGUCAAGUUGUCCGUAGCUCCAAAGUUCCUGGCCUCACCGCGGAGCAGCGCACUUUGGUCGUCCAAAGCAUGCAAGCUGAGCGAAAGAGCAUGAAAGAUCUCUUUGCUCUUAUGGAAGAUUCUCUUGUGUCAUGGGCCACGGGCUCGAAAGACCAGGUCAUGCAAUCUGGAGAUGGGACGUCGGAUGAGGAAGCUGUCAUCAGACAAUGGGGCGAGCGAUGGCUUAGGGUUUUCAGGAGGAAAUAUGCAGUUGAGGAGGCGUGGUUUGUCGAGGUUGAGAAAGUCCCUGUCAUUGAUGUCGCUCCUGGAGAGGGUGUGCUAGCAAACGGCAACGCGGAUAAGGUGGACGAGGUUGAGAUGAAGGAUGAUGGUAUUGAGUAG